AUGGUCAAGAAGACUGUAAUAAUAACAAUUGCAGUGGUUGUCGCUUUGAUUGUAGUGGCCGCCAUUGUGAUCCCAACAACCAUCAUCCUAACAAGGAACAAUGGUGAACCAGGUCCAAGUGGACCUGCCUACACCAUCAAGAACUUGAAUUUUGCCCAGACUCAUGUGAUUCCAGCCCAAGGCCGCAAGUGGACGACUCCAAACAAUUCCACAAAUGAGCUCCAUUUGGUUGGUGAACGUGAUACAUUGGUGUUGGUUGAGUUUGAGGAUGUCAUUGAACCAACAUACAGACCACGUCUCCAAGUUUGGUUGCCAACUGCCAACAAUCAAUCAAUCUAUGAUCUUGCCACAACCAUUGACCUGAACUUGCCAUCAGAACUGCCACGCACUGAGUCCAAUGGCACCCUGUUCGCCAACAACACUUACAGUGUUCGUCUGCCCGCCAAGUAUGUCCUGCCACGCAUGCAAGUGUCGUUCAAGAACAACAACCACAACUCAACCGAGUUGGUCCCAGUGAAGGUUGGCUUCAGCUCCUACGCCAUCCUCUGGAACAUACCAUUCUACUACUUUGGCGCCAAUGAGACCAACUCUGAGAAGUUCGACGACGUCAAGUCUGAGGCCAAGAACACCGCCUUCAUCUAUCAACAGUGGCCAGUCUCCAGACUGACUGUGGCCAACCAUCCAAUUGGCAAAAUUGAGUUCAAGACCUUCGUUCAGCACCCCAAGAACUCAGAUGCCAAGAUUGUUCACAACCUUAACGAGGUGGCCGAUGGUGAUACAUUCAGAUUGAUGGGCAGCACCCUUGGUAUCCUAUCUAAAAUUCUCAAUGCCAAUGGUGAUGGUGAUCAGAACAAGUUGAUCUGGGGCCCAAUCAUGGCCCUGAACAACCGUACCAAGUAUUCUGGUCUUGGAGGUGGUCUUGCGGUGUUGGGUGGCAAAGUCGGCACUGGUGAUGUGAGCAAUGGUGUCAUGAUCCACGAGAUUGGUCAUUCACAAAAUCUUGCACAUGCUGGCGAAGCUUACAACGAUGGUUCUUACCCUUAUGUCAGGGGUAGUUUGAAUGGCUCUGCUUGGGGCUUCAACAUGGAUACCAAUGAGUUCUUGUCAAACUACAUCCCAUCCAACUCAUCGGACUACAAGAAUUGCAACACAUCUGCCAUCAUGGACAAUGGUAGAUGUGUCAGACAGGACCCGAUGCAAGGUGGCAGCGGUGACCAAUCCAAGGGCAACCCAUACACCAUGUUUGCAGACUUCUACGCGGCCAGGAUCCAGAGGUUCUACGAGGGAACAACCUCUGUCACCAAGGAUGGCGCCCAUUCGAUCAGUAGUCUUUGGACUUGGGUGCCCGAGACCAAGUCCUACGUCCAAUGGGACAGCAUCGACUUGAAGAAUGUGCCAUGUGUGUUGGUCAACAACAGCAAUGCUCUGUACGAGUUUGACAUGGGAACCCCAGCACUCCGUGACGUACCCGUGUACACAGUUAUCAUCCAGUACAUCAGUGGCGUCGGUUCAUCAUGUACCAACUGCAACAUCGUCUAUCCUCUGAUCAAGUGGACUGGUAACCUGCUCCGUCACAUCGACCCAACCGACCCAGCCCAGAUAAAGCAGAUCACCCCCAACUCCGGAGCACUGGCCUGGUUCUGCCAUGUAUCUGGAUGCGACUACACUAUUCGGGUCACCUACAAGGACGGCUCCAAGUACGUCAAGCUGUUGCAGACUGGAGUGAGAGAUUGGUUCUCACCAAAGGGUCCUGCACUCCCCGAGUACUUUGAUCCAAAGGACAGUUCCAGCACCAUGACAUUCCUUGAGAACAUUCCUGGCAACCAACAACCAUCCCUCAUCGAGUUGCUUUGGACACCCUAUGGCUUCAACUCAACUACCCCAGCCGAUGCCCAGGUUCUUGUCUCCCAAUCAUAUUAA